GAGCUGCACCUGAACGCACCACGAGCAGCACAACAAGCAGCAACGCGGAAGAGGCGUCGCGCGCUCACACCGAGUAGAAAACACGGUAAACCGUCGCUUCGUUGCCCGGUGGAAGCAGUGAGGAUGUCCCGGUUGGACCGCGGCAUGUCGCCCCUCGCCGUGCUCGUCCUUCUGCAGGUGACGGUGACGGUGUUCGGCGGUAAACACUCCCUCAACUACAUCUACACGGCCUUCUCUCACAAGCCGGUCGGCCUGCCGGGCCUCCACGAGUUCACCGCCAUGGGGCUGCUGGACGGCCAGAUGAUCGACUACUUCGACAGCGACAAGCAGCAGAAGGUCCCCAAGCAGCACUGGAUGAAGGAGCGUCUAACUGAUGACUACUGGGCCAAAGGCACACAGUCCCGUCAGAGCAAGCAGCAGUGGUUCAAGGUCAACAUCGGCAUCCUCAUGGAGCGCAUGAAGCAGAAUGAGACGGCCACUGACCAACACGUUCUCCAGUGGAUGCACGGCUGUGAGGGCGAGAAGCAGCCCGACGGCACGAUGAAGUUCACCAGCGGCAUCGACAUGUACAGCUACGAUGGGAGGGACUUCCUGUCCUUUGAUGAAAGCAACGGCGUGUGGGUGGCCGGGGCCACGGAGGCGCAGCAGACCAAGAGGACGUGGGACGGCGUCCCCGUACUGAAGGAGUACACCAAAGGCUACCUGGAGAAGGAGUGCAUGGAGUGGAUGGAGAAGUUCCUGAAGUAUCAGGAGAAGCAGAUCAAAACAGCCAAGAAACCAAAUGUUCGCCUGUUCGCCACAAACGCCAAAAAGGACGCACACGCUGUCUUGACCUGCUUCGCCACCGGCUUCUACCCGAAAGACAUCACGCUGUUGGUCAGAAGGAACGGACGCGUCCUCAGUAAAGAGGACGGAGUCGAGUCUUCUGGCUCUCGGCCUAACGGAGACGGGACCUUCCAGAGGAGAGACUCUGUGGAGAUCCUGAAGACUGACGAGUCUCUGUACACCUGUCAGGUGAUCCAUGAGGAGUCCCAGGUGUACGUGGAGGAGGAAUGGGAACGACUCCCUCCAAACUCAAUCGGAUUAAUCAUUGGAGCGGUUCUGAGUUUACUUGUCGUUCUUUUGGUGGCUGGAGUUCUGUUCUUCUUGUACAGAAAAGGAAUUCCACCUUUCAGGAAAACCGCCGCCGGCUCCAACGGCUCCACCUCGAGCGGCUCCACCUCCAACGGCUCCACCUCGAGUGGCUCCAACGGCUCCAUCUCGAGCGGCCCGGAGGCUGCAAACCUGUUGACGCCUAAAGAAGACCCUAAGAAGGACGCAGCGGCUGUGCCCCUCGUCUCCCUCGCCAAUAAAGCGAAUUAACCACUUCGGCUGAGAGGAGAAUUAGGUCCAUAAGAUUACGAUCUCUAUCAUAUAAUAUUCACAUUACGCGUGUCGCGUUGGAAUCAGGAAUCAUUUAUUGCAUCAUAUGUCGGACAUAAGUGGAAUCUGACUUGGAGGUUGGUGCCUGACGGCAGACAACAUAGUGCAGCAAUAAGAUACAAAUAUAAUGACAUAAAUGCUAUUAGUACGCUAAAGCUAUGAGGUUAGUAAGUUAACAAAUAAAGAUCGAAUUAAUAAAUAAUGAUAUCGUCACGUUUUAGCUUUAGCUAAGACUGAUUAGACUGAGGCACAACUAUGCUGAGCUCGUCGUCAUGGUGACUGGUAACCCGGAGGAAAGCGUUUGUCAGGCGGAGAUGCAGAGACCCAAAAUUUGGCCAAACUUUUAGUUCUUUUGUGUUUUAACUUCUGAGGAAAAACUGGAGCUCAAACUCAAAGAGAACAAUUCAGGAAUAAUUUUACUUCAGAUGCAAAGAACACGUGAGACACCUCCCAAGUUAAAAAACAAAAAGGAGCCUAAAGAAACGUCUACGUUCUCCUCAUGUUUCCUUACACAUCAAAGAAGGAACCCAAAGAAAGGCACUUUAAAUGUAACAAAAAUGAAUAAUUCAUUGAAUCCAUUAGUUACAAAUCAAAUGGUAUGUCACCAAAUAUUGUUCAAUCUCUGUGCCUUCAUUUAGUUUCAGUUUUAAGUUUUCACCCGUUUUGCUUAAAUCAAACCAAAUCUGCACAUAUUACUAAAGUACAUCUGUAAUCUGUCUAAAAGACAUUCAUUUAAGUAGCUUUAAAUUGAACAGAAAACAUUCAUUCAUUUAUCUGCUGUAAAUACGUCGGGAAAUUCAUUUUGAACUAAAAUAUUUCAUUUGAGGAAUCAUACUUUGGUCUUUAAUUGUAUCCCUAUGGUGGAAAUGCACUUAUUGUAAGUCGCUUUGGAAAAAGCCUCAGCUAAAUGACAUGUGAUAUAAUUGUGCUUAAAGAUAGGCGUCUAACUCAUAAAUGAGUUUUUUUAUUAAUACAUAAUAUUGUAUGUUUCAUUUUCAUUAACUUUUUUGAUUUUAAUGCCUGAGUAAUUUGCGCAACAUUAUCUGCUUGUGAAAUAAAAAAAAGAAUUCCCUUUGAAAUCAUCAAAUGCAUUGCCUCACUGAAUAAAUAAUUUCUGCUUUUGACCUUUGACCCUCUAGUGCCAAUAAAACUAGCACACAAUGUGCUCAUUCUUUAACUCCUCA